AUGUCCUUUCGCGGCGACGACCAGCGCCGCUACGGCAGCGUGCCGCCCGUCCAGUAUCCCGUCGCCGGGGACCAGCAAGGCGUGGGGAGGCGCCCCAGCUUCAACACGGGCGACGACUCGGCCUACUACGCCAGACAGCCCGCCCACGAGCCUCCUGCCGCCUCUGUUGCUGCCUCGGCCGCUGCUCAUGGCGCCCAGCCUGCCACCGAGGACGAACUCUUCCUGACCAGCCCUGCCUCAAACUCCGGCUCCUCCUUCGCCCGCUCACAGUUUGGUUCCACCAGCAGCGCCCUGUCCGGCUUCCAGCAUCACUACCAGCAAGACACGACGCCCUCGACCCCGGGCUCGCAGACCACGAGCUACAACCCCCAGACCUUUGCCCAUCAAUCCGCCGCCGGCUUCCAGCGCUCCCAGUCCACCACCCUCCCCUACCAUACCGCCACCAGCCCGCGAUACUCCAACACCACCAACGCCGCCGCCUCCUCCUACAACACGUCGCCCGUCGCCAACUUCACCCCGCAGGCGUACAACCCCGCCGCCUACGCCAGCGCGCAUGCGCCCCAACGGCACCCUACAUAUCACGGGUACGGGCAGGAGCAGGGAUACGGCGCCUCGGUCGGAUCUGGCGCUGCGCCAGCCUACGGCCAGUCCCCAGCUGCGACGUACGCAGCGUCCUUCCAGCAGCCCGUGCGCGCUCCCGCCGUCCAGCAGCAGCCCAUGCCCACCAGUCCUUCGUCCUACGCUGCGCCCGGCUCCCAGGCUCAGACCCCAACUUACGACCCUUCACAAUACGCCGCCGCCCACCGCUCGAGCUACGACGGCCACGUCGACGGCCAAGCCGCCGCUCCGUACCCGUCUGGAUCAUCACCGGUCCCGUAUCCUACCACCACCUCGCAUAUACCUGUCGGACCCAACUAUCAGGCCAGCGACCACCCUUCUUACUACACUCGCCAGUCUAGGUCGGACUCGCAAACGUCUCCCCGGACCUCGCCUCGGGUCCAGCCUCAAUCGCCCUCCGGGCUGCAAAGGCACCCCACGAAUGCGCCGCUCCCGCGACGGCCGUUGGAUCCCCCGCUGCCACCUAGCAGGUCGAUGGAGGACGUGCCCGAGGAGCCCUAUUGGGACGAGGCCGGACGUCCGUUCCGCGCAGAGUACGGCAACGAACACCUGUCCUCGGACAGUAUCAUGCAGGAAAUCGAGGAUGAACUGCGUCGCAGCAGCGGCACCAAUCAGCUCCAGUCGGCGCCAUCGCCGCAUAACUCGCAGGUUGCAGACGAAAUCGUGGAUCAGCUCCGCCGACACAGCUCGGGGGCGCAGUCCCACUCCCCGUCAGGUACCCGCGCGUCUCCUGGCGGCCACCGCCGUGCCUUCUACGAAGACUACGAUGACGAUCCGGAGGGGACUGCUGGCGUGCUGGCCAUGCAGCAGGCUGAGCUCGACGACCGGCGCUUUAGCGGCAACACUCUUACAUACGGCAGUGACGCGCCCCCAGCUCUCUCGCAGCCUCAGCUGCAGUCGCACUCGGAAGAGCAGGCGUAUAGCUCUGGCUCCAGCGACUUUGGCGGUGCAGUGGACCUGGGCAUGCUGAGCGGAGGAUACGCUGGUAGCCUGACGUACGGCGUCGACAUCGGAUCGCCGCCGGGGCAGACGUCGCUCUCCGAGGCGGGCCGGCCACUACCUACCCCAGGCUACUAUGCUUCACUGGGCGACAAGUACGACAACGCGCAGGCCUACAAGGAUGCCGAGGUGGACUACGGAGAUACUGGCGGACUGCAGGCUCCCAAAGAGCAUCGCCUCAGCUUCGACGAGGGCAGGGAGGAGCGUGUGUCGGUCCACUCGCGCCAGAGCGGAACCGAGUCUCCGACAAAGGACGACUACCAAGAUCUCUUCUACCACCCAGGCCUCACCAACAGGCCGCUGCCGCCGCUGCCACCCCAGGGGGCAGCCUCGGACAGCAGCUCGAUGCUUUCGACUCACACCAGUAUGCGAUCCCAGCAUCAACAGCAGCAUCAGCAUACGCUCAGCGCCGAGCUUCGCUACUACCAGGCCGAGAACCCAGAGGCGUACUACCAGGCCGGGCAGCAGACGCUACAGCCGGAGAGGUCAAUAUCGCUAUCUGGUCACAGCAACACGCCUCAAGUUCAGGCCCCCGCUAGGUCGAGAACCGAUGCAGCCGAAGAGCGCAAAAAGGCCAGGGGUCAGGUCCCCCCACAGCCAGGCGCGCCGCCAUUCAGCGACUACGAUUCCAACGCACCCACCGUCGGGGGCGCAUUCGAUGGCAUCACUCUACCGAGCGGCGGUCGUAGGAAGAAGUUUGUGCCGUCCAAGCUGACCGCUUCCGACUUUCGCAGGUGCGCAGAGCCUUGGGCGCUCAGCAGCAUCGAAAACUGGAUCCGUUUCAUGGGUGAGGGUGAGCUCGAUCUGAGGGAGAAGACCAUCGAGGAGGCCAUCACCAACCUCUUCACGCACAAGGUCCCCACCAUGAACGUGGCCGACGCCGAGGUCCUCAGCACUCAGAUCACCCAGCUCAUGCUCGAGUCCAAGACGCUGCUCCCGGACGAGGAAUGGGUCAAGUUUGGAGAGGGCCACAUCUCGGGGGUUCUGUGGCAGCUAACGGGCGCAGGCUGCUACGCCCCCAAGCUGCACGAGGUAGAGAUCAGCGGCCGCUGCUACUCGCACCACUGCACGCGCACGCUCAAGAAGGUCGACCUGGACGACCUCUUGCCAGACGACCCCAAGGGCGAGGCGUGGAACGUGUUCUACAACCUCAAGAAGGAAGACUGGGAGUCGAAGCCCAAGAAGGAGGUUGACCGCCAGAACAUCCUGCACGAGAUUGUCACCGGAGAGGACAACUAUAUCAAGCAGCUGGACGUUUUCCGGACUUUAUACCGCGACGACCUGCGAGCCCCGCGCAACCCGCCCAUCCUUAAGCCUGAGAAGCGGGAGAGGUUCCUGGCCGCCGUCUUCGGCAAACUCGACACCGUGCUGCGUAUCAAUCGCGAGUUUCUCUUUGCCCAGCUCAAGUACCGCCAGAACGAGCAGGGCCCGUGGAUCGUCGGCUUCAGUGACAUCUUCCGAGAAUGGAUCAGGAAGGCAAAGUCCGACUACAUCGAGUACGCUACGGGCUAUCCGCGAGCCACGUACAUGGUGCGAAAGGAGGCGGAGAAGAACCUGCUGUUCAAGAAGUUCCUCGAGGAUAAGCAGAAGCACAAGUCGUCCCUGAAGCAGGACUGGACGCACUUCCUGAUCACCCCGCUGCAGCGUCUGCAACGCUACAUCCUCCUUCUGCAGAGCGUCGAGCACAAGAUGAUUGGUGACAGCGAGGAAAAGGCCAACCUGCAAAAGGCCAUCCAGGAGAUCCAGACGGUCACGCACGAGUGCGACGCCAAGGUUGCCGAGACGAACAAGAGAGUCCAGAUGCUGGAGCUGGAUAGGAUGCUCGUCCUCCGACCAGGCUUCCAGUCCGCCUUGAACCUGGACCACCUGGGGCGCGUCUUGAUUAUGGAGGGAGAGUUGCAGAGAAUGGGCUCCAAGGGCAUGCGCUGGGUUGACAGCCACGCACUGCUAUUCGACCACUACCUUAUCUUGGCCAAGGUUGUUGUGUCCAAGGACGGCAAGGCAGAGAAGAAAUACGACGUCUCCAGAGAGCCCAUUCCCAUGCCGCUACUCUUCCUGGAAAGCAUGAACGAUGAGCCUGUCACCAAGCAAAAGGGCAUCACCGCUCCCCUUGGCCGCGCAACGACCGCCUCGGCUUCGGGCACGGGACUUAGCAAAGUGGCGACCAACGGCAGUGGACGACCCGGGCUGGAGCAUACGGGCACGAGCUCGUCCAUGAACUCCCUUGCGCAGACGACAUCCAACAACGACGCCGAGGGCAAGAUCUUGUACCCGUUCAAGAUCAAGCAUCUCGGCCACGAGGUGUACACGCUGUAUGCGUCGUCUGCUCGCGACCGGCUGGACUGGUGCACGAGCAUCAUCGAGGCCAAGACGAGGCACGCCAAGGCGCUCUUUUCCCAGAAUGCAGAGCCCUUCCGUCUGCGAGUCCUUGCCGACGCGUCUUUCCACUACGACGUCACGUCCAUGUACGCCAGGGCCUCUGGUGUCCCAGUCAAAGGAACGCCUCUCGACCGGGCCAUUCAGGACAUCGAAAAGGUAAUGGGGCCUGCGCACGGCACCCCUCCGGUGUGUCGAGCCCAGGUCAACUGCGCGACCGGGUUCUCUGCGUUUGGCAGAUCCGCGAUUGCCAUUGGCACGGACUAUGGCGUCUUCGUCUCUGACCCGUCGGAGCCUCGAGGCUGGCGUCGUACUGUUCCCAUCACGCGAGUCACGCAGAUUGCCGUCCUCGAGGAGUUUUCCGUGUGUCUGAUUGUGGCAGACAAGUCGCUCAUCUCGUACCCGCUGGAGACCAUCGCUCCCUUCUCGGAGUUUGCGCCGCCAGUCAAUGACAACCCGCGCCGGGCACCUCAGAGGCUGGCCAAGGACGUGACUUACUUCGCGACAGCCCGGAUGAAGGACAGGAUGCUGGUGUUUUACAAGCGCAAGGAAGGUCUCCACACCUCUUUCAAGGUCUUGGAACCGAUCCUGCAUAAGGGCGGGGAGAAGAAGUCCCGACUUUUUGGUGGCCGCAAGACGGCCGCCGGAAGCACCGACACGUUCCGCGACUUUGACGAGUUUUACCUGCCGACCGAGUGCUACUCGCUGAGCCUGUUCCAGACGUACAUUGCCGUGUCGACGGCCAAGGGCAUCGAGAUGCUCACGCUGGACAAGAAGCAGCCCAUGUCGAUUCCGGACCUCAAGGCGCCGUCCAUCGCCAACAUUGCGGGCCGGAUCCGCGACCAGCACCCGCUGGGCAUGUUCAGGCUCAACGAGAACGAGUUCAUCCUCACCUACGAGGACUGCGCCGUGUACGUGGACAAGCACGGCGACGUCAGCCGCGCGCUCAUCAUGGAGUACACGGGCAAGCAGAAGAAAGCGCGCGGCGCCACCAUGUACGGGCAGUACCUGAUUCUCUUCAACGACGACUACGUCGAGGUGCGCAACGCCGAGAACGGCCGCCUGCGGCAGAUCAUCGCGGGCCGCGACGUGCGCGUCAUCGACUUUGGCAUCCGCGGGCCGACGGGCGGCAACGCGGUGCAGUCGCAGCAGCAGUACGGGCAGAACGGGCAGCUCCAGACGGCGGGCGAGACGUCCAAGGGCACGGUCAAGGUCGCCAUGUGCCACCCUGAGCUGCCUGGCCGGCAGAUUGUGCUGGAGAUGCUCCUCAACGACGGGCACGCCGAGUAA